AUGUCGAAAGAUGCAAGCAACCACGGAUUCUGCUUGGUUGACAUGGAACGCAUGAGCAACACUUGGCCAACCCCGAGUUGCUCUGAGUCGAAGAUGGCAUCCAGGAUCUCGAUUCAGUAUUCAUCGAGGGCAACUUCAUCCAUGGCAAUCAAGGACCCCAGCUCCCCAGCCGACCGUUAUCGGGCUAUGCGAACCGAAGCAAACGUGUCUUGA